UAACUUUUCAAGGGUUAAAACUCUGCUGUUAGCCUGGCCUCUUGGCUCUAAGGCAAGAGCUCUCGCUCACACAUGAGCUGAUUACAACGACGUUUGGGCGAUGUUGAUGAUGAUGUAGGCAGUGUGCCACGCCUCUUGCGACUGGCCUUCGCUUGCCGCCCACUUUUUUCCCUGUCUGCGUCUUAAGCAACUUGCGCGGUCGUUUAACUUUGUGCGGCAGCGAUUAAAUUUCCAAGUUCUUGGACCUCGUUUUUCCUCAGCCUUUUUCUUCCCUGCCCUCCAGAGCUCCACUCCAUUUGAGUAAUUCUCCCCUCGGCUGCUUCUUAUCAUGUGUUUACUAUACUGCGAAAAGGUAUAAGUGGGCAUACUUGUAGAAGGAGAAGAAUGCAGCCGGAGAAUUGGAGGCGAAGAGGAAUUGCACUAAGCGCAUUAAUUGAAUUGUAAUUGCCGACGUUGUAGUACUUGGUAUAUUUAUUUUUUUAUUUUUUAUUUUUACUUAUUCACUCCAAUCUCCAACUAAGGCUCCUUCCAUUGUUGCUGUGUCACCGAUUUGGGAGUUUGGAAUUGGUAGCGGAAUGAGAUUCGCCGGUUGCCUGUCUGCCACUCAACUGGUUCUGGUUUACCCACAUCCACACAUUCACUCGCAGCUCAGUCUCAGUCCCAGUUCCUGUCCUCUUGCCUCGGCUUUUCCUCUCACUUGGCUCUGAGUUUUCCAAGCUGUGUGUGUUACCAACAACAACAACAAAAGGAGCAUGCCAAGCAUUUGGCCAAUGCAGUUGCUGAUUUGUGAUUUACAGGGUAGCAAUAUUCUUCUGGAAAGUAUUACAACUAGAGUUUAUAGAAAAGGAAUCUAGAGCAAAAAAGUUAUACAUAUAUAUAUUUAUAUAGGGAAUGGGAAAAUGUAGAUUACGCUUUAUGGAGAACGCAAUAAUAUUGUGGUUAAUCCACAUUUUUCCAUUUCCACUCCAUUACAUUCCGAUUGAAAGGUCUUAUCACCAGAAAGUUGAAAGACUCUUGGAACAAUCAGCCUUAAGCCAAUCCCUAUAUAAUUGCUGUUUUAUUUGAAUCCAGAUCUCAGAUUCAUUUCGACUGUGUAACAAGUUUAACAUAAUGAAAUCGAAAGUAUUUGCGGUGAUUUUAUUGCUGAAGAUUCUACAAUUAACCGUAGCAGACUCGGUAUAUAUACUCUCAAAUGGAACAACAACCAUAUCCAAAGAGAAAAAUUCAUCUUUUUUCAAUUGGUUGGUUAACAUCACCGAUCAACUCCAUGCCGAAGUACAAACUUUAUUCUCCUCUAACAUGAUUAUAGAGGCCCAGGUAGCAAAUGAGGAAAGUAAAAUCAAUAACGACACCUCGGUUAUUCUAAGCAAAGAUCAACAAAUUAAGGAUCAACUAAACGAGCUAAAAAAGCGAGAUGAACAAGUCAAGGUACAGAAUGAACAGCUUCACCUACAGGAUGAACAAAUCAGGAAUAAAAGUCUCGAACUACAAAAAAGUGAAGAAAAACUAACUAAUAUGACGGAAGUUAAUCAGAAAUUACAAAAUAAAUUAUUUGUUUGCGAAGGUCAAAUUAAAGAAGAUAAUGAGGUAAUCAACAAAAAGGAAGAAAAAAUCAAAAAGGCAAAUGAACUCCUUAAACAACAAGAUGAACAAAUGAACAAAAAAAGUGCAGAGUUAAAGGAAAGUGAUGAAAAAGUAAAUAACAUGACGGACAUUAUUCAAAAUAUGCAGAAUCAAUUAGAUAAGAAUAUUCAAACACAUAAUGAGGAACUCAUACACAAAUAUAAUAUAAUACAUGAAUUGACCUAUGAAAUACAGGAUAAAAAUCACACUAUAUUGAAUAUGACAAAAACUAUUAACAGUUUAAGAAGUCAAUUAGUAAAUGCUGAAACUCAAAUCAAGGAACAAGAUAUAGAGAUAAACCAAAAACAACAAAAUAUUAUGAAGUUUGGUGAACAGCUCCGGAACGCCUAUGAAAAGGAUAGACAACAAAGUAAACAGCUUAAAGAACAAAAUGAACAGCUAAUGAAUAAAACUGAACAACUCAAGCAAAAAGAUUCGCUUUUGGAGACCAAAAACAAUGAAAUAAAAACACAAAAUGAAAAUAUCAAGAACAAUAAAAUUAAGAUUACUUCCCUAAAUAAGCAAAUAGGAUCUAUCGAGGUAGAACUAUCUCAAAAACGAGAUCAUCUUUUAAUUUACUCAGCAUUCCAACGGUGUCCCAAAAACCUAUCAAAUGCUAUUUCUACCAUAAAAUUACCCGGAGUAGAGGCAUUUGAAGCUCCCUGCAAUUCAACUGGAUGGAUGACCAUCCAAAAGCGUUUUAAUUUCUCUGAAAGUUUUAAUCGCACUUGGAAUUCUUACAAGCAGGGAUUCGGAGACAUUAGAGGGGAGUUUUUCCUUGGUCUGGAGAAGCUACACCAAAUGACCAAGGCCCAGCCCCAUGAACUUCUCAUACAGUUAAAAGAUCCUUAUGGAAAAAUUGCCUAUGCUCACUACAAUAAAUUUCAAAUUGGUAGCGAAAAAGAAUCGUAUUACCUUAAAUCGUUGGGUAACUUUACGGGGAACACCAAAAACGCGCUAAGCUAUAACCUUGGCAUGAAAUUCACCACCUAUGAUCGGGAUAAUGAUAUGCAGGUUAAUAAUUGCGCCAAGAUUCUUCUUGGCGGUUGGUGGUUUAACGAGUGUGGCCAAAGGUAUUUCGAAUAUUUUAAGCAAGCUUCAAUGAAUAUAAUAUUCAACUUUCUUAAUUUUGCAGUUUACCCAAUCGCAACUUUAAUUUUAGUAUAAGUUACGCUCUGGAUAGCAUUUUCUGGCCAA